ACAGCCCUGCUAGUUUCCAUAGUAUGCAUCUCCUUUCCAGCAGUGGCAGCAGUGGCCGGAGCCUCUUCCGGGCGCUCCAUGUCGUUGCCAGGCUGCCCCGACAAGUGUGGUGAUGUGCUCAUCCCAUACCCUUUCGGCAUAGGGGAGCACUGCGCCGCGACCAGCCGGAACAGCUACUUCAACCUGUCCUGCAAUGGCACGAUGGAUCCCCCACGGCCAAUGGUUGGCGAUCCCGGAGCAGUAGCUGAGGUCGCCGAGAUCUCACUGGAGCACGGCGAGAUGCGCGUGCUGAGCCCCGUCAGCCACAUCUGCUUCAAGUCAAACGCCACAUUCACCAAGUUCACCAGAGGGUACGAACUGGACAACACGCCCUUCCUACCCUCCCCGUCGCGCAAUCAUUUCACAGUCAUCGGCUGCAACACCCUGGGGCUCAUCGGCGGUUACAAGGGCGCCGCAAGCCAGUACGUGGCUGGCUGCUACUCCUACUGCGAUGGUGUCAACAACACGUCGGAUGGCGCACCAUGUGCUGGGAUGGGCUGCUGUGAGGCUGCCAUCCCAGCCAACCUCACCACCUUCGAGGUCAAGUUUGAGAUGAACCAGAGCAAGGUAUGGGACUUCAACCCGUGCUUCUACGCCAUGGUGGCCGAGGUUGGAUGGUACAAUUUCAGGCAGCAGGACCUCACCGGCAGCCUUGGGUUUAUCAAUGAUCGAGCCCAGGGGGGUGCUCCCAUCAUCGCUGACUGGGCCAUUAGGAAUGGCUCAUGCCCAGAGGAGGGGAAGGGCGCACCUAAUGACUACGCCUGCAUCAGUGCAAACAGCCACAGCAUGGCUGCGAACAAUGGCCCAGGGUACUUAUGCCAGUGCUCCAAAGGAUAUGAGGGCAAUCCUUAUCUUCUGAACGGCUGUCAAGACACAGAUGAGUGUGCAUUGCGUAAGCAGGACACCAAGUAUGAAGAUUUGUAUCCAUGCAGAAAAGGGGUCUGCCACAACACACUGGGAGGCUACUUAUGCAAAUGCAAGACAGGAAGAAGAUCUGAUGGUACAAAUUUUGGAUGCCAAUCUCUGCAUUCUCCAGCUGAAAAAUUGGUUAUUGGCCUCAUUGUUUGUGUUUCUGCAACUGUGCUGAUCACCUUAACAUGCAUGUUGCUCAUGCAAUUUCAAAGAAAAAGGCAUAAGAAGGAGAAAGAUGAGUAUUUCAAACAAAAUGGUGGUCUCAAGUUAUAUGAUGAGAUGAGGUCAAGGCAGGUCGACACAAUCCGCAUACUCACAGAGAAAGAGAUAAAGAGAGCCACUGAUAACUAUAAUGAAGAUCGAGUUAUUGGACGUGGUGGUCAUGGUAUGGUCUACAGAGGAACUUUGGAUGAUCAAAAGGAGGUUGCCAUAAAGAAGUCAAAAGCAAUCAACGAUGAUUGGAGAGAAGAAUUUGUCAAUGAGAUUAUAAUCUUGUCACAGAUCAAUCACCGAAACAUUGUGAGAUUACUCGGCUGUUGUCUAGAUGUAGAUGUCCCAAUGUUGGUCUACGAGUUUGUCUCCCAUGGAACUCUAUCUGAGUUCCUUCAUGGUGCUGCUCCUAGAUCUCCAAUCCCAUUCGAUCUUCGCCUAAAGAUUGCUACACAGUCAGCAGAAGCUCUGGCUUACUUGCAUUUGUCGACAUCUCGCACAAUCCUACAUGGGGAUGUCAAAUCUGCCAACAUUCUCUUGGAUGAUCAGCUCAAUGUAAAGGUUGCCGAUUUUGGAGCAUCAGCACUUAAGUCCAUGGAUGAAAGUGAGUUCAUCAUGUUUGUCAAUGGAACACUUGGCUACCUUGAUCCUGAGAGCUUUAUCAGCCGUCGGCUCACCGAUAAAAGUGAUGUGUACAGCUUCGGGGUGGUUCUUCUGGAGCUGAUGACACGAAAUAGGGCUAUAUAUUCUGACAGCUUCAAUGGAAAGGAAUCAUUGUCAUAUAGUUUUCCCUUGAUGUUUCAUCAGAAGACGCACCAUGUUAUGCUGGACUCUGAAAUUACAGAUGAUGCAGGCUUGGUGCUCCUUGAGAACAUGGCUGAACUUGCAGUUCAUUGCCUUAGCCAGAGGGGAGAUGACAGGCCAACAAUGAAGGAAGUUGCAGAGAGACUAGAGAUGAUGAGGAGACUCCAUUUGCAUGGGAACAAUGCUCCCGAAAACAACCGCGGUGCGCAUAACUAUGGAGGAUCAUCUUCGGUUCUUGUCCCUUUCAACGAGAAAACACACGGAACCAUCGAUAUGUCUGAACUGGUUGAAGAUCUUGCAAGAUGAUGUUUGUGAUUUCAUAUGCACAGUUAAUCUUUUUGUUUGUAGUAUGCAAUACUAAAACCACACACUUCUGUAAAUUGCAAUAAGUUAGAGCAAGAAUAAUACACUCUAAAAACACAGCCUCUAUAAUGGUUUUAGAGUGCACUCUAAGAGUUUUUUUAGAGGCUAAAGUGCUUUCCCAUUUCAGACACACUAA